CUUUACCAAUCUUCACCCAACCCCUGAAAAUCCUAAUUCUAAUUCCAUUCUUCAUUUUACUCAUCACCUUUGUCCUUGAAAAAAAAAAAACAAAAAAAAUAAAGGAAAAAUAUAUCAUAUGUGUAGACCAUCCCAUCCAUAACUUUUAUGGCAUAACUUGAAUCUAAUUUUAAUUUCAAUACCAUUCAUACUUGUUGAAAAGCAGAAUCAAUGAUAUGAUCCCACAUACAUAAAUUUAUUUCACUUAUCUCUUGUUUUUAUCUUGUUAUCAUUUUUUUUUUACCUAAAUUGGGUUAAGGCCGGACCAGUGAGAGACCCGAUCGGACCCGGAGUGGCUUCCACACGUGCCUAUAAAACUUCAUUUUCAAUUGUAGGGGGUUUUGAAAUCUAGGGUUUUAUUGUCUUCGUCUUCUUCUUCUUCUUCGACUCACACACCAUGACUGCUCAGACCCAAGAAGAGCUCUUGGCAGCUCAUCUCGAAGAACAAAAGAUUAAUCCUGAUGAGCCUGUGGUUGAGGAUGAAGAUGAUGAAGAUGAUGAUGAUGAUGAUGAUGAUGAUGACAAGGAUGAGGAUGACGCUGAAGGACAAGAUGAUGGAAGUGGUAGGUCAAAGCAGAGCAGAAGUGAAAAGAAGUCUCGCAAGGCAAUGUUGAAACUUGGAAUGAAGACAAUUCCAGGUGUCAGUCGUGUUACCAUAAAAAAAAGCAAGAAUAUUCUCUUUGUCAUCUCGAAGCCAGAUGUGUUCAAGAGCCCAACUUCAGACACUUAUGUAAUAUUUGGCGAGGCAAAGAUUGAGGAUUUGAGUUCACAACUGCAGACUCAGGCUGCAGAGCAGUUCAAGGCUCCCAAUGUGCAUCCUGCGGCUGCACAGCCAGAGACAGCUGCUGUGGUUCAGGAUGAUGAAGAGGUUGAUGAGACUGGUGUGGAGCCCAAGGACAUAGACUUGGUGAUGACACAGGCUGGUGUUUCAAGAUCUAAGGCUGUCAAGGCUCUCAAGGCUGCUGAUGGGGACAUAGUUUCUGCAAUCAUGGAACUAACAAACUGAGACUCAAUUUCGUAUGGUUUGGUCUUGUUCAGAUGAGCAGCAAACAUUUUCUCUUCUAUGUUUUUCCUUGGGAGGAUUUUAGGUUGAAGUUUUGGUCCUUUUGGAUGUUAAAUUCAUCUUUAUUUUUCCUUCUGGUUUCCUUCAAAUACUGUUUACAUUUGCGCUUUUUCAGGAUAAUUAUUGAAGUAGGCCAAGGCUGUUCCAGCA